AUGAGCCGGCUUAGUGUUUUCUUUGCUACAUCCCAGCUGGCCAGCAAUUCAGUAACAGUCAGAAAAAAAGACAAAAACAAAGUCUUUUUUUUCUUUUGUAAUUGUUUUUUAACAAUUUGUGAUUGCAUAUUUUUCGUCUAUCUUCUAGAACACAACAACCCACUGCUAUAUAUUUCAGAUUGUGGCAAAAAAGUGUUGCUAUUGUCAGGGUUUCGUCAGGUGUUUCUUUGGGAAACACAAGAAAGCAAUGAAGCCUUAAACACCACCAGUGCAGUUGGUGAUUCCUUGAAGGGCACUUGGCAUCAGAUUCAGUGUGGAAAUUACGUUUUACCAGAUGAAAGAAACAAAGAGACAGCAAUUGAUGGAGUGUUCUUUACUGACACAGUUUGUGGUACUUCUUGUUCUCUCUCCUGGGUUUUCAACAAAGUUGACAGAAUUCAUGUCACGACACUUCACUUAUUAUGGCCUGAAAAGAACUACAACUUCCAAGAAGGUGACUCCAAGUCCCAAAUUGAGGAAGGUCUUGAUUCAUCUUUCUCUCCAACAUGGCACACGUUUAAAUAUUCUUUGUACAACCUGACACCUGCUGAAAGAGUUAUCAAGACAAGAAAGGCAUACAUUGCUAGGAUAUCACCAGAUGGACAAGUCUUGGUGUUAGCAAUGAACCAGAAGCUUGCGGCACACAACAGAGUUAUGUUUUACUCACUGUCACAGACAGCAGUAGCAGUGAUUGCGGACUUGAAGGGUUGUGGAGCCAAACUGAAUGUCAAUGGACACGCUCCUGCUGGAAAAUCCUGGUGGAUUUCCGACAUGGCUUGGACCAGAGAUAGUCUUCUGGUGUUGUGCAUCACUCGGCGUGGCUCUGUGGCUAUUUUAACCAAGCUUGGUGAACCGUUGGAGAUUUGCACAGAAGGUUGUUCUUUACACACGGGUCCUGCACUGUUCCUGCCACUCCAUCCCAAGAUAACAUUUCAGAGCUCCACAAAUGCCUUCCAUUCAGACUCAUCAGAAUCAUGCGCAUCAGAAAAGGACCCCCUCUCCCAGAGGUUCUCUGUGGCCGUGCAUCCUCACCUGCCAGUCAUUCUGAGCUCUGAUGGUUACCUAGUAACAGUAAUGCAGCUACCGCCUGUCGCCAGUUACCAUGGUAUCAUGACAGGCUUCAUGAGAGACAUCACGAGAUUAGUCCCGGAUGUGGAUGUAGAGAUUCAAUCUGGGAACUUGUCUCGAGUGUCCUCUGUCAGCAGAAUUAACAUCAUGCAGUCGGAAGCUAACGUGUCACGCGGCGUGACUUCCACAGAGUUCUUGUCAGACGCUCCAAGUGAAAACAACUCCACAGGGUCAUCUGUUGUUCCAGGUUACGGCCUGGCAAGUGGAGAUCAAGGCAUGAGUUUCUUUGGACUGAAUGACCCGGAACUCGAGAGCUCCCUUCACGAGUACGAACCUGGGAGCCUGGACGCCAUUUCUCACGCCCAGAACCUUUCCAUCGUGGCUUUGGCUCUGGGAACCGCGUGUGGUGUGAACUGGAAACAAGACGUUGGUCCUGCUAUGGACCUCACUGUAAACGUGGUGAAAAAAUUCUUUCAGUUCCUUCUUGGAAGUGCUGAGGGCAUUCCACAGUUACACAGUUCAGCGAGAGGUUUUUCCGUUGGCGAUUUAUCGACAAGGCGAAGUUCUAGUCCAGUUGUCGACUUGCAACUUUCCAGGGCUUUAGCAUAUUUUCGAAUAGUUUUAGAAGUUUUCCAGUGGGACUCUACUCACAGAAACGCAUUCGCCUGGGCGUUCCAUCUCACGCAUGGUAUCGUAAGAGAAGUUCUGCUCCUAAGAGAUACCAGCGCUGUCUACAAAAUUGUCAGCUGUAUACGAGUGCUAAAACUAGCAGAACGAGUCCUUGGUCUUGUCUACACGUCAAGCAGUGAAAAACUGUCACAUCUACCCGGCCAUGAACCUCCUUCACAACAGAGACAGGAUCAACAAGAAUCUACCACGAAAGAGAGAGAAGAGAAUUUCGAAGGAGCUACUGUUGUCAAUAGCCCUUCAGUUAAAGCUACUGGCUCCCUAGACAGUGACACGAAUAGUUUAAAUCUGCACGCACAACAGCUAUCUUUGUGUCAAACGCAUCUCGGUGGAUCAUGGCUUCUGUUGUAUAAUUUCACCUCAGAGUGUUGUAAGAAGAUGCAAAGAAGACGAAGUUCUUUGUUCUCGGCUCAAGACGGAGAAAGUAAAGGAACAGUUGAGAAGAAAAUGGUUGAAUUACUUUGUGAAAUUCAAGAGAAAUUACAGAUGCUUGGUGUGAAGAUUCCAAGUAAUACAGUUGUAAAACAGGAGAAUGUCGAGGGCGUCAGCGCCUACUUGGAAGGCAGCUUUUACAACCUACCGCCUGACGGAUCCCAAGACUCAUUGUUCGCCAGAAGACGAUCUAGUCUACAGGAGACUGGGGUCCAAGGGCAAAUUCCCGUACCGUCGAGGAGAUACGGGUCGCCAUCUCGGGACAACAUGGGAAGUCAACAAUCCCAACAUUCCCCAGGGGAGCUGUCUAUUAUGGGAAGCCCGAACAGUCAUGUAACUGAACAGGACUCCAAAACCCUUUUGUCGAUUCUUUAUAUGCAGCUUCAGCAGUACGACCUCAGAUCUGCCUUGGAUCUCGUUUACUCAUUGAUCGAGCCGGCGUUUUCGUGUGAACAAUUUCAAAGCAAUACCAACUUUUCACUACUUCCAUAUACCCAAGGUUCUUUUCAAGCGCAUUGCCAUCACACAAAUUCAAAUCAUCGCAUGGAUAUCUUGCUUCAGAACUACCCCAUCGCUAGGGUCACGGAUAACAGAGGUCUCAAAGUGGUGCAGACACUCGCCAGGUUCAUGUCGGCGUAUUUUUCAAACCUUUCCCUUUAUGUGUACCCUCCAUAUCAACCUACUGCUCUUCCGCCAUUUCACGAACAGGCUCAAAAGAACAUUGGUGCCAGGCUCGAGGAGGGUCCUCAAGCAGUGGAACAUAUUGGACUCGAUAGGGCCAAGGUGUCUCAAGCUGUCCGGGACCAGGGUCUUUAUGAGCUCUGGAGUGCCAACAGCACGUUAGAGUUACUGCUUCUAUCUGGGCUGGUCUCGGAAGGGGCGUGGUUAGCUAGGAACUUGGGGGAUUGGAAAAACGCCAUGUUGCUUUCUUUCGCAAGUGAUGCGCUGAGCUCUAGAUUUUCACAAACCGCUUCAGAUCCACAGAUUCAGCUGGCGUUCCCAGCACCACUAGAAGACAUUAAACUUCAAGCAAUAGCUAUGUCAAGACUUAACCCUUCCUUCAAGCAAACCACCUCUUCAGGAGAAGAACAACCGGACAGUUCUGCUGAAGACAAGUCAGCUGCUCAUUCCACAACUGCACGGAAGAGCCAAAGGUCCAAACAAAGUGCUGUGGACUUUGGGAUUGAAGUGGAUGACAAGAUUGUGAAAGAAGUGUCCAAGAUCCUGGAGGCUGGAGUAGUGGCUGGUCUUGACUUAGCGCCGUCGAUUUUAACUGGUUUAGUAAGCCAGUUAAAGCAAGUGACGUCAUUGUUCGAGUGGAUAGUUCCAGAGGAAUUCUACUUGCCUUACCCUCCGUCUUUCUGCCCACAACCAAUGAAUCUGAAGAAGGAAAUAGUAUCGCCUGCUGCCGAGAAAGAGGAGAAACUCCGUAAUGAAGUUGCCAGCAUUGUUCAGAAAAUCUUUCUUUUGCUGAAUGCUUCUAACUGCCUGGUACCCUGUGUGAGGUGGUACACAGAACAGCUUAUUGUCACUACAGAGAGCUGGUGCAAUCUGAGCAGAACAGAUUUAGAGUUUCCUUUGCCUUCUUCAUUGGCUGGGUACGCUAAUCGAGGAUUCAGCUUUCAUGAGAGAAGAGCUGGUAGAGGAAGUCACGUGUCACCCAAAAGAAAAGGCAAAAAAAGUUCUGGCCAUCGAGAAGAUAAAGUUGAUGAAAAGCUGUCAUCUUCGAUUGGGAGUGUCCUGUGCAGUUUUCGUGAAUUCUGUUCGAUUAUGUGGUUAUUGCAUGCACGCGAUAAGAUGAGUAAAUCAUCCAGGAAAUACAGACAGCUGCGGAGCCAAUCAACGGGCAGUGAGGAGGAGGCCUCAACAAUCCACUCCAUCUGUUGGGAGACCCUCCUCUGGACCACAAGACUGAGUCCUUUCAGUUCAUUGCUUGGAGCCACAGACAAGAUCAACGACACCUUACUAACGCUGUUAUCCGAAUUGCCACCCAGCUAUGCAACAGCAGAACUGACCGCUCAGUUCUUUAACGACCCUGACGUGGUACAAACAACGAGUGGACGAGCUAAGUUCAAGAGGCUCAUGGCUCAAUUCCGAGGCGUUAGUUUGCGAGAAGAUGGCAAGUUAAAUGAAGACCAGGCAGAUGAACCACUGUCAGUGUAUUAUCGCAAGAAGUGCAUGGAUUGGGAAGAGGAGCUUAUGGAUAGAGAAAAACUCUUUGGCAGAGUUUGCGAGCAAUUUUUCGAGGUGGACGAUGCGUCUGAGAAGGCGACAGCUGAUGAUGGAGGUGUUGUAGCAAGACAUGGAGAUCAGUCUGUAGCAGUGGGAACAGCUCUGUUUGAGACACAGCCGUCGUAUUUCCAGUUUUUAGACACGUUCUUCAUGAUCACCGUCUCCAAAACUGUGCUGACACAACACAACAAAGCUCCUUAUCCUGUACCGUUACUCUCUUCGUACAGCAAGCAUCUCUUAGCUUCAGACACAAAGUCCCUGGCCGCGCUACAACAGAAAGUUCACAGCGAUACUGCAGCUAAGCCCAUCAAGGGUCCUUCCAGCCUUUUCAGGAGCCAGAGCUUCACAGAUGUGCGAUCGUCCAGGUCUAAACCGGAGCUCCCUCCUUCGAGCUUGGGCUCACAGGCGGAGAUAAAGAGGAGCAGUAGCCUCAAUGAUGUCGCAGGAUUAGACUCCCUUCCUGGGAUAAGGACCCUUGGAAGUUUGAUGCUUGAAUUACUUCCGAGUCUCACUUGGCUCAGUAGAUGGUCCUUAGAGGGUUCAUCAUUGCCUUCAAGUAAUUUUGAUGUUAGUAUUCCUGGUGCAAACGAGUCGCAUCCAGUAAUGCGCGUUCAUGUAGCUCUUCCACUACUGAUCAACGGUCUGUGGUUGCUCCAGAAUGUCUACUGGCCUUGGGUAUCAGAAACAGAAGUUCUGGUGGAUAUCAAGGUCAUCCGACCGAAGAUUUCUCCACAAAAGAAGAUCUCUGAUGUCGCAACAGAGCGUCCUCCCGUUUUGAAAGAUGCCACGACGCCUCCAAAAGGUUUGCGAAAAGUCUUGAGCGAUUCCAACAUUCAAAGGUCUGCAAACAGAGCAACGAAACGAAAUAGCAUAGCGGGUGAAGAUCAAAGGUUACAAGACAGCCAUCAUCACCAAUCAACUCCAGAUAUGCUUCGAAAAUCUCAAGGUGACGCGAGGAGUGUGGCAGGUGAGACAACAGAACCAACCAGGUCUGUACCAACAAAGGCUAACCAAGAAGAACGGCCGUUCGCAAGACCAUUACGUAAGGAUCUACGAGUCACUCAGCGUCUGGAUCGUAUUCCCAAAUCAAACAGUGAACCAAAUAUCCCGAACAUUGUAGUACAGAGUCCUACAACGGACGAGGAAAAGGAGUUCAGUGGUGCGUUAAAAAAGCGACAUUUUCUGCAAGACAAUGGGAGACCUGUUGUUGUUCCUGGCAGCCAAACAACAUAUUACUCUGAUACAGAGUUAAGAUCCUCGGUCAAAACAAUUGUAACUUCUACUCCCGCAAAAACGAAACGCUCACGGAAAGGCAAAAAGAAAGAACGUAAAAAGGAGGUAAUCUCAGAUGAAGAGAAAGAACAGGCAGAGAAAAGAUCUGAAGAAGAUGCACUUAACUGGGAGAAACAACCCUUUCAAGGUAAUACGUUCGAUAUAAUCCAUCAAACACGAAAGACCAUGUUUGAGCAAAUUUCCCACCCAAGAGAGUUGGAAAUACAACACGUAGCGGAGUACUCCGAGGUCUUUGGAAAUGCGGUUAAACACUGUCUUGAGCGUUUGAUAUAUCUUCUCAAUCGAAACAAACUUGUCAUUUCUACAANGCCGCCGACAGUUCGUGAAGCAUGGCCGCUCUUAGAAACACCAGGGCGAGCGAAGGUUCCAAGGCUUAUUCCUUUGGAGAAAAUACUAGCUUUUGAGAGAGGACUCAGGGACAAGCUGGCACCAUUUAGUGAGCCUGCACGCUACCCCUAUGAGAAAGAGAACAUACGACCCUCCGAGGAAAAUAAAAUGAAGUUAGUGAAGGCACAUGCUGAACCUCAGGAGAAUUUGGUACAGGAAGACAAGAGAAACACAGCUUCCAGGCAAAGAAGAAGGCAGGCUUUGGAAAAGCAGGCUCGACCUCGCUCCACGUCACCCUUGUUCAAGAGCAGGCGAGGACGGGCACCUUCUCGCAGCAAAUCUUCACAGGGAAAGAUCAUUACUGUACAACCUGCAAAGAAAGCGAGAAAAACUGAGAAAGUUUUGCCCGUAAAACAACAGAAGGAGAAAGGUCCAAUUCCUAAGAAAACCAUACAUACCAAGCAGCGUACGCAACAGAAAGAGGUUUCAAAGAAAGGUUUGAAGAAAAGCGUUACGUUGAGCGAAAGUGAAUUAGAACUUUCGGAAAUUUCCGAUCAAGCUUCUGAUGGUUCCGAAGAAGAGAAAUAUUUUCGUGUUGAGCGAAGUCCAGAGCCGAUUGCUGUGCCUGAUCGUGGCACUAAAGGGCCUGGGGCGAUGAAAAGACGCAAAGAUAGGGAGGAAGAAUUGAACUCCGGGGAAUUUGAGGAGAUUAUGCCGGGGCCGCCUUCCAUGCGGUAUAUCAAGGAAAGAAUCGGACGGAAACUACAUGAAGUCGACCAGCAAGUGGCCGCGUAUCGCAGGGGAAGUCCCGAUUGGAGAACUUCUGUAGAUGACAUACGAAAGCCUUCGGAAACCCGCCGACAGCAGAGUACCGUGGGAAUUCAAGUUGACGAAGGGAAACAACCAUCGCAAGUAAAAUCCGUGGGAUUUUUUCAGUCGGGUUUGGUGGACCGUAUCGGAGAUAAUGUUUUGAAAGUUAAUUCCAGUUCUCAAACUGACCAGGUUUCUGCGCGGCCAGCUCCAGUGAGAAGAGACCUGGUAACGUCGGGCGUUCAAACGGAGAAAGAAUCUUUUGAUUCUGAUCACGUGACGUCUCACGCGCCAGUUCUGCCACCGGACAUUUUCCUUAACCUUCAAAUGCCCAAACGUGAUCAAGACACGCAGGUUGGUGUUGAUAUGAUAGAGAUCUCCGAAGGGCUCCCCCCUGAAGCUGCUGUGGAUUAUGACCAAGCUGCUACUGAUCGCCCUGUUUCUAUCCGAGGGAAGCAACUUGGAGUCAAUGUAGGAAGUGAGCGUGACGGUGCCCCUCCUGGUGCACCGAAAAUUCCUGAAACGACCAGGGGGAGGCAGUUUCUAAGUGUGGCUGAUAUAGAUCAUGAACAGUGGUUAGAGGUUCAAAGUACACCUAUGACUUCUGCAGAUGGAGUGGAUGAAGAAAAACGAGAAACCGAAAGGACGGAGAGCGUUGAUGCAGAAACAGCGCUUACAUCAAGGACAGCAUCAGAAGAUAGCCAAAACUACGAGCCAGAGAUGCAACAAGAGAGAGCCAAACAAGAAUACGAGAGACAUCUGGAAGGACCUGAUAGAGUCACAGUAGACAUGAUGGACUCCAUGGACGUCCCUAUACAAAGGCUUUACCCGCUUCCCUUCCCGACAGCUCCCCAGUCCAGUGCACGAGCUGUAUCAACACAAUUCCUGAAUGAGAGAAUGAAAGAAAUGAGUGAAAGGAUUGAAGCCAUGGAUCAAAUCACGCACAAUAUGGACAGAGAGUUCAAAAGUUCUCGCGUGCUUCUAUCUGCUAUUCAGAGUAUUGACGAAGUGUUAAACCCCUCAUCAAGAGCUUCGUCCUCAAGGGGAUCCGCAGAGUCCCGUCGGGGAGUGCCUCGGAGAUGGGGGGACCCCGCGCCAUGGAGAAGAGAGGGGAAAACUUCGGCUGAAAGGCAAGCGGCCACGAGGCUCCCGAAAACAGAAGACGUAGAAGACAGUAUUGAUGUUGAUGUGGAUCGCGCAGAAAAAGACGAGGCAAUCGCCGCAACUGAUGUUGAAGAGAACAAAGAAGGUGAACCUGAUAAUGAAGACAUCGAAGAACAGAUUGACGGCGAAAACGAUAAACAUGACGGAGACAGAAGCUUCGAACAGGACCAGGAGGACGAAGAAGUGAAAGUCGCCUCUAGCGAGGGGGAAGAAAAAUAUUCUGAUCAAGAAAAGCCUCAUGAACAGAAGCAGGAUUCUUCAGAAACUGAAGUGAAAACAUCCGCUGACAAGGAAAAGGCGCCCUCGUUCACACAAGAUCGUGAAAGGAGCGAAAAACCUCAAGCUUCUCAAUUGGAAUCUUUAACAUUAUCACAAGAAGAGCUGAAAGAAAUAUUUCAAGACAAAGAAGUGCGAAGAACUCGCAGGGACCCCAGCCCUGAAGCCCGGCAGUACUUAAAAGAGUGGAUGAACAAGAAACGUUCAGAAAGGCAAGCAGAAUGGAGAGGCCAACAGGAAGAACUGCGAGCACAGGAACACCAACCCUUCAUGUCUCCCACACAGGGCUCCACAAAUUUUAAAAAGAUGAAGCUGAUGGAAAAAGAGAGAAGCGUCAAACGCAGGAAAACAGAAGACCAGCAUAAGCAGAAAAGGCUCGAGUCCGCGUCCAAUCUCCUCUCCGAGAUGCUGGCCGAGCCGGUUCCCAAGCCCACCGAGCCCAAACCAAAUCUUCGUUACGGAGGGAACUUGAACUCACGUCACUCAACAUCGAUUACAGGAAAAAAGAAAAGAACCAAUGAACGAAAUAAAAAGUUACCUAAGGCUCCGCUUAAAGGCAAACGGGACCGGCAAGUAGAAAAAUCUGCUCACACAAAAGAAAAUGUUUUACCCGAGAAACAGGGUCUUGUAGAUGUGGCAUUUUCCGAUGAUAUCGCGAGACACGGACGUGAAAAUAUAGGAUUUAGAUCUCAAAAUACUCCUCGGCACGACAUUAUAAGAACCAGCAGUCCAGUCUCUACAACUGGGUAUGCUUCAGGGAGACCACAAGGGAAAAAUGUCGAUGAAGAUCACAGUGAGUUUAUUAAAGAAAACCAGUUACCCGACGAUGACUUUUGGCGCUCGAAGUCUCCGACCGGCGCCGAGUUUGUAACGACACAGACAUAUCGGAAGUUCACGAAGGAACAACCUAAACGAUUUAGAGCUAGAGAGGCUGCCAUGAGGAAAACUCCACCUAUGACUCUAGGUGGGUAUGGCUUAUCCCGGCAACCUCAAGGCACAACUACUAUGGGGAGAACAUUCCAAAGGACACGGCCUACUGACUCUCUCCUCCCUGGAGGGGAGACUUUAACGGAAAUAGAUCGCCUGCUCGAGGAUAUUCCCGAUGAUGGUUCUACUUUUGACCAAGAAAACCUAGAAGGAAUAGAAAGCUUGUUAGAAGGGGAUGAUGAACUAAGAGACUUGUUAUCAGAUGUGGAUUGGCGCGCUAUCAGUAAGCCUCAAAGGGACAGUUCUGCCAGACCAACCAGAGAACGAUCCAGUCUGUUUAACACAAGACGAAAAGAUGAUUGGCAACCAAGAGGUAGUCAGGACCAGAGGCAUCGCCAUCCUGAGCCUGCGGUGCCUUCUAGCAGCAGUCUGUUGCCGGAGUUUAAUGAUGAGGUCAGCCCGUGGAAUACAAGACAGAGCAUGCGCACGUCUGACGAUGUUGCACAGCUCUUGGCUGAAGUUGACGAGGCUGUAGGAAACAUGUCGGAGAGUACUGGCAGUACCAGAAGUCAAAUUGAUUGGGAAGAAGUCGACAAAAUCAUGGGCGAGACGUAGAUCUGGAGAGCAGCAUGUUUAUUAUGUUUAAAAGCAAAGAAUUUGGUAAUACCUUCAAAGUCGUCGAAACAAUAGCUAGAAAUUUACCAUAGAUUUUGGUUAAUUAUCCAAUGUGAAAGAUUAUAAGCGCAAUAUUACUCUCCUGGCAGGUGAGUAACUAACUUAUUAUUGAUCAAAGGACUAUUUAUAAGAAAUUUAACGUCUGCAGUAAUUUGUUUUGUAAAUUUUUAAGGCAAUGCGACUCGAAUUUGUUCAAAGUAUCCUCUUCACGCUCAAACAAGCUCAUGAAAAUGGCUGUAAUGAAAUUAAGGUAAUAUUUUCAAAGAAAAAUAAACAAAAAUGUACAUUGGACCAGAA